GUGCUUAUUGGUCAGGCUAUUUUGCUGCUCUCACUAAUCCCUCCUAAAAACAGUCCCGUGGCAUUGUACUUGUAAUGGAGUCUCCUUUCAAGUCAGACAUACUAAAAGGGAAAGUAGCACUUUUGACCGGAGGCGGUUCUGGUAUCGGCCUUGAGAUCUCUACUCAAUUCGGCAAACAUGGUGCCUCCGUUGCCAUCAUGGGCCGCCGCAAGACAAUCCUCUACUCCGCCGUCUCCUACCUUCAAUCCCUUGGUAUUCCGGCAAUUGGCUUUGAGGGGGAUGUGCGAAAGCAAGAAGAUGCAAAAAGAGUUGUAGAGUUAACUGUCAAUCAUUUUGGGAAGCUUGACAUUCUUGUCAAUGCUGCAGCUGGCAAUUUCCUUGUAUCUCCUGAGGAUUUGUCUCCAAAUGGCUUCAGGACAGUACUAGAUAUUGAUUCUGUUGGUACAUUCACCAUGUGCCAUGAAGCACUUGACUAUAUCAAGAAAGGAGGACCUGGGAGGAAUUCGACUUCAGGUGGAAUAAUACUGAAC